AAUGCGAUCAUCAUCAUCAGCAUUACUAUUAUUCUUUGAUGGACAUCAUCAUCCAUUGAUCACAUUACUAUUCACAAUCAUUGUUCUGUUUUCGUUACCAUUAUCGUCCAUGGUUAAAGCUCAAUGUCCGAUUGGUACGACAAUGUCAUUUGAAAAAAUUGCAUCUGUAACGAUUCGUGGUGUACCAUUUGUGCCGUUAUAUAAUGGACAACCGGACAUUCCGGUUACAGCUGAAUGUAAUAAUCGUUGUCGUGCUGGAGCAAAAUGUCGUUCAUUUUUGUUGAGCUAUGAUAAACAUCAAUGUUUUGGAUUUGAUUAUGAUUCACUUAAUCGUGGCAUUUCAGUCGUAUCAACCAAUGAAAAGACAAGUUAUUUCGAAAAAAUCUGUCUAUCAACAGCUCCAUGUGAAAAAGCCUGGACAUUUGAACGUGUUAUGGGUAAAGAACUGAAUGGUUUCGAUAAUAGAAUCUUGUCUGGUGUUGCAAGUCGUUUGCGAUGUCAAGAGCUAUGUCUUAAAGAACGUUCAUUUGUUUGCCGUUCUGGUGAAUAUGAUUAUGCAUUGCAACAAUGUCGUCUAUCAUCCGAAGAUCGUCGAUCACAGCCAAGUUCAUUUCAAACGGCCAUCAGUAGUUCAGUCGAUUAUUUUGAGAAUCAAUGUGCUGCCAAUCAACAACAACAACAACAACAACUGCCUGGACAAACACAACAACAGACAGGAAUGACAGUCAGUAGUUUGCCAAUGUCUGUUGGUUGUGAUUUUGAACGUUAUGAAAAUUUGGACAUAAAACGUGCCGAUCUAAUUCGUACGGCUUUCUCGACCGAACAAUGCCGUAAUUUAUGUGAAGCAACUCGUGCUUUUGUUUGCCGUUCAUUUACAUAUGCAGCAGCAACAUCACAAUGUUGGCUUAAUUCAGAUGAUAUUCUAGCCGUUUCAACUGGUCUGAAUGGAUUAGAAUCUCAUGCCGGUGCUACCUAUCAUCAGCGUGGACAUUGUCUAGAUCUUCAAUUAUUUUGUGGCCACGAUUCGAUGACUGUUGCAUUGAAUACAUUGAAUCCAUUCAAUGGGCGAUUGUAUGCAAAAGAAGAUCCAAUCAAUUGUGAAUCGAUUGGAAGAUCUGAAACAAGCACAAUGUUAAUGUUACCAUUCAAUUCCCGGUCCGGUUGUGGUGUUCGUGAAGAGGAUGGAAAAUAUACAUCUAUGGUUGUAAUUCAACAUCAUCCAUUAAUCCAAAGAAAAGGCGAUCGAAUGGUUCAUGUUGCUUGUCAUUUUGAGGCCACCAAUAGAACGAUCAGUAACACCUAUAGUGUGUUGGUUGAGAUGCCGCCUGUUGCCGAAACUUCUAUUGUAAAUGCAACUGCACCAUCACCAAAUAUUCGAUUACGAAUUACCGAUAAGAAUGGCAAAGAUAUUACUGGAGCUCGUUUGGGCGAUGAACUUCUUCGAAUCGAAAUGGAUGAUGAUGAAGUUUUUGGUAUUUUUGCACGUGAAUUAAUGGCCAAAAGUGGAUCAAAUCAAAACGAAUCCAUUAUGCUGAUUGAUUCGGAUGGCUGUCCAACUGAUCCAAAUAUUUUUCCAGUAUUGGAAAGGAUUCCCAAUUCGAAAGGACUGAUUGGCAAAUUUGAUGCAUUCAAAUUUGCAGAUGAUGUUGUGGUCAGAUUUCAAGUCAAUGUUCAAUUCUGUCUACAAGAAUGUCUACCCGUGAAUUGUGACCAUAGUCGUCAUGUUGAUUCGGAAUUAUUGAAAAAUGUACAAAGCUGGGGACGGCGUCGUCGUCGUCGAAGUAUUACUGCCGAUGACAAAAAAUAUUUGUCCAACAAAACCGAACUACAUAGAGAAAUCAUAGUUGAAAGCGUUAGCCGUAUGAAUGGCAAUAAAAGUGGUAAUCAUGAACGGCUACAGGAUGAGAAACAUGAAAAACAAUCACAAAUGUAUUGUGCUACAAAAACCACAUUGAUCAUCAGCAUAAUAACACUGUUCAUGUUACAGAUAACUAUUGUAGGCUCGAUAUUAGCAUGCUGUUUGAUUUAUCGUCGAAUACCCUCAUCGUCGAAAUUAUCGAGAAUUAGUGAAUCAUCAAACAAUGCCAAUCAUCAUCAUUAUGGCCAUCAUAAUCGUCGAUUAGGUUUGGCCCAGAUAUUUAAUGGGAUUAAUGUUGCCGAUAUGUUGCCGGGCGGUAAUCGUAAACAACAAUAUAAAACUGAACCAUUCGAAAAUGAUGAUUGUAAUAGUAUGAGUAGCAGAUCGUCAUCAUCAUCAUCAUCGAAUCGAACUACUAAUAAAUCUACAACAUUGGCCAGUAAAAGUCAUCGCCAUCAUCCAACUAAUAAUCAUCAUCAACAACAACAACCGAAUCCAUUACAUUUAAAUCUAUCAAAUCAAAUGAAUAAGCAACAGAAAUUGCUUUGGGCACAAAUCAAUCGAAUUGACUAAAAUCGACUGAAACAAUAGAAUGAAGAAAACAAUAGAAACUGAUAGAAAAUGCACAUAUUUCAAUAUUCGUCGGGUAAAAGGAACAAAACAAACAAACAAACAAACAAAAAAUUCAACUUUUGAAUUUUACAAUUUUUUUGCGGUCUUUUCUCUUAAUAUUUAUUCC